GCUCGGGGAUACCUGAGGUGAGGACCAUGCUGGCUGGCUUCAAUGCUCACUACUUGUCUCUCACUAACAUGUCUACCAAGUUCCUGGGCCUUAUCUGCACACUGGCAGCCGGCAGCACUGUUUUCCUGGGCAAAGUGGGUCCAUUUGUGCAUCUCUCCACUAUAAUUGGAGCCUACCUGAGCAACCUCUGCAAUCUCAUACCAGCCAAUAACAAGGAAAAAGCUGGUGGAGAAAUGCUGGUUGUAGCUGCUGCAGUGGGUGUAGCCAGCUGCUUUGGAGCCCCCAUUACCGGUGUGUUGUUCAGCGUGGAGGUGAUGUGUUCUCACUUCGCCCUGAGGCAUUACUACCCGUGUUUCUUCUCCGCCGCCUGUGGGGCGCUGACCUUCCGCCUAUUCUCCGUGUGGAGUGGAGAUGAAGUCCUCAGGCAUUGUUUUAAAACGAAUUUCCCCGCUGCUGUUCCCUUCUACUCGCUGGAGAUUCUACUAUUUGCCUUUCUUGGGCUGCUGUGUGGAGCUGUGAGCUGCUGCUACCUCGCCUGCCAUCGGUGGAUGCUGCAAUUCACUAAAACAAACCCAAUGUUCAACAAGAUGCUGACCACAGAGAAGGGUCUAUACUCAGGCAUGGUGGCUUUCCUCCUGGCAUCUCUGACAUUCCCCCACUCUGUUGGUCAAUAUAUGGCUUCUAAGCACACCAUGAAGCAGCUCCUGACCUCCUUACUGGACAGCAGGCAGUGGAGCUCUCAAUCCCACAAUGCAUCUCUUCACCUGGGGCCUGAGGCUUUGUUGGAGUGGAGCUCGUCAGGGAGUCCUGUCUUCCUACCUCUGGCUGUCUUUCUGCUAAUGAAGAUGUGGAUGUUAGUCCUUGCCUGCACCCUGCCUCUGCCAGCUGGAUACUUCAUGCCAGUGUUUGUCUACGGGGCGGCUUUGGGUCGUUUUCUUGGAGAAGGAGUAGCUUAUGUGUCUUCCACUGGAUUGAAUUCAGGCCUGCAGUGGGCUUCUAUAAAUCCUGGCGGUUACGCACUUGCUGGUGCAGCAGCCUUCUCCGGGGCCGUGACACACACCCUGUCCCCGGCCCUCCUGGCUGUAGAGCUAACGGGACAGUUCAGCCAUGCCGUCCCCGUCCUCAUUGCCACUCUGCUGGCCAACGCACUGGCCCGCUCGGGGCAUCGGCCAUCUUUCUAUGAUGCACUUUCCAUCAGCAAGAGGCUCCCAUACCUGCCCUCCCUGAAAAAGGCAUGCCCCCGGCUUCCCUCCACACCAGUGGGACAGGUUUUAGGAGCGAUAUUAGUGAAGCUUCAGAAAGCUGCUGGGCCGGUGGAGGUCAAGCUGGCUGUCAACACCAGCACCGACUCACAAAUCCCAGUGGUGGACUCACAUGAGUCGCAGAUUAUUCUGGGAUUUGUUCUUCGUGCAGAGCUGCUGAUGUUCCUGCGUCACUGCGAGAGCGAGGCUCUGGAGAAACAUCUGGAUGAGGUCUGCUGCAUACACCCGACCUCUGUUCUGUUAUCACCUCACAACACUGUUCAAGAGGCCCACAGUAUCCUGAGUCUGGUUGGAGCUCAAACCUUGUUUGUCGCAGACAGGGGAAGGCUGCUCGGGCUGAUCACCUGGCCAGAGAUGAAGAGGAUAUUAGAAGACUUGGCCAAAGAAAUCUAAGCGACACACAAGAAAUAAGCUCAUCCCUUGAGCUUUUACUUUUAAGUAAACAUGAAACCAUCUCAGUCUUGAUCAGCUGCAAUAUAAACCUGGCUCUGGUUAUGACAUCAGUUCUUCAAUAUCCUAGAUUAAAAAUAUUUGCGACAAUCAUUACUGAGGAGUAGGCUCAGAGAAAAAAACGUUUAUUACAGCUUUCUAUCUGGCAUUUUAUUAUAUUGCAGGAUCUCAUGCAGGAGAUAGCACAACCUGCACUGUGUGACACUGCAAUAUUAACAGUGAGCCUAGCCAAUUAUAAUAGUGCUUUUCACACUGUGUGUCACUCUCUAGAAUUUACGCCCAGAAGCUAAGGUACCCAAACACAAUUAACCCAGGUUAACCUAAACCCAGGGCUAUACAAUAAAGACUGCAUUUUCCUGGGUUUAAUGGCAGUUGUAACAUGUGAUCCUUUUUUAAAUUGUAGAAUUUUACACCAUGUAACCCUGCUGCUGUGCUAUUAAGAGACUUUCCCCUCUUCCUUCAGCCCUUGGAUUCAAUUUAUUUCAGUCAUGGUUAAACCAUACACUCCAGCGCGUGUACCACGCUCUGCAUUGGCCAAUCGGCUAGCUGCCCCCUCACUGCGAGUGGGACCCAGGAACCCCUGAACAAAAACAUGCCUGUAUGCUAUCCUGGCUCCAAAAUAGGAAAAAAUCUGUCUUCUGUACGUAACACUGUAUGUUCGUAUAUGAAAUAUAAUGACUUAAUAAAUCUUUUUGCAGACCUUAGAAACUUUCUUUGAAAAAAGUCAACACAUACUGUAUUGCCUGGCAACAACAAAAUUGUGUUGUGAUGCAGGCAGUUCGUUGCACACUCCACCACAAUACUUCACAAUAAAAUGUC